AUGCUGACCACAUUUGAUCCAUGUAUAUCAACCACUGGCACGACCCCUAUUUCAGUUGAUAAUGAUCUCAAGAACAGCAUCAGUAUAAUAGGCAAAACUACUGUACAUCCACCAAAUUCCAUAGUAUCUAUUUUCCCACCAUUCAUCAUUCAAAAGAUACUAGAUCAUGUUGAUCAGUUUGAUUUGAUUAGACUACUGUUAACAUGUUCUCACUUGUAUGGGUUGGCAAUGGAGAAAUUAUAUCGCCGAAUUACCGUAGUGUUGGACGCGGAGUUCCCGGUUAAGUACAAAGGUGAUUCACACAAGUACAUAUCAGAAAAUGGUAUGGUUUAUAUGGAUAGCUCAUUGAUACUAAAACUACACAAUCUACACAAGUUUAUUGACACUGUGAGAAAUAACGAAACAAUAUUUCAGUUGAUAAGAUAUUUUGUAUUUGAUAAAAGUUAUGAAGCUCAAGGAAGUGAAACGUUGAAAGUUACACAAAGUGGGAUUUUGAAUAUGUUCCGAUAUUCUAACAACUUGAGUUUCUUACAUAUAUCAUUUGUUGAUUUUGGAGAAGGAGUGGGACAAUUGACUGAUUUCUUUAGGUUGAGAAAUGUAAGGAAAAAGAUGUUCAAAUUAUUGAUCACGGAACCAGCACAGUUGAUUACUCCGAUCAUUCCUCCCAACUUGACUAAUCUAUUUUUAAUGCUUGACGAUCAGGAUAUCAAGUGUAUGGAUUUAUCUACUACUCCGUAUGACACUUUCAACUCAUUAUUCACAUUAACAUGUUCUACUUCAAGACAGAUGGGGCUUUCAAUUCUUGAAAACAUAAAACUAUGUUCGCCAAAUAUGAAAUUGAAAUUAAAGGGAUUAACUGUCUUUCAUAGACACAACCAGUGUGGUGGACCUGAUGAGAAUGAUGAUCUUCACCUUUUUUUAAAUGGCCAUACAAACGAGGAUGGUGAAGAUGAGGACGGCGAGAGUGAACUAAACAUCGGGAAGAAGCUAGAUUUUGAUAUAAUUGAACAAAAAGUUGACUUGACAUAUUUGACACAUUUAUAUUUGAAAGUGGAUUGUAACGAACACCGUGAUAAUUUUUGUAAUUGCUAUGAGACUUUUUUCAAGAAAUUUGAAGAAUUUUCGCAACGCAACAAUGGGUUGCCAAAUCUAGUUAACUUCGAAGUUGAAUCUUAUCCUAAUAUGGAAUGGUUACGACCACAUCAGCAGAUGGAGAAUAUUUUGACACCAUUGGGGAGUUUUAUCAAGACGUUAGUUAACUUGCUGCGUUUAACAAUUGACUUUACGACACCAGGUUUCAAAAUGUUUGAUAGUAGCUUGGGGUUGUCUAAUUAUUUAUUAAACAAGUUGAAUGAACACUUGAUGGAGGCUUUCUUUUUAAGUUUUUUUAUCAACAACGAUAAAUUACCAUUAUUGACAAAAUUGAAAACACUUCAGUUGCCGGAUUUUUUUACUUCAUUUGUUUACUAUAAACCUGAUUUUAUGGAAUCAUUAUUGCACACAUGUAAAUGCUGGGGUUGCCACUUGUUAUUACAGACAUUAAAAGAUGAGUUUUUUGAUACACGUAUUGAUGAUACAGUGGAUACUACAUAUUACAUGUCAAUUGGUUAUAUUCUCGGGAAAUUGCAAGCAGACAGAGAGGUUUGUAUUCCAAUCAAAGAACACACUUUCCAUUACAACAAAUAUCCUAUAAAUAAAGGACAGCCACAUACAUUGCACACCAAUUUUCAUGGGGAUCCUAAGAGUUGUUCAUGUGAUUUAGAGAAUGAUCCACUUGGGGUAGAUGAAAUGAAUAUCGAUAAUUUGAUCACCACAUAUAUAAUCCACCAAUUAGACCCAAUCAUUGAUUACCUUACGAUAAUGUUUGUCAGCUUGGAUAAUUUAAUGAUUCAUGGUAUUUAUUAUGAAAGAGAUUUACUUCUCAAUGAAUUGGUUCCAAUUUAUGAUUCAUAUGAUUAUCCCGAUGCAUUUUUAACAAAAGUGGAAGAUGAAAUGGAACGUGGAAUACUUCCAGAAGGACCAUUUGGGAAUUUUAGAGGUCGAUAA